UGCUGUGUGGCUCAGUGUUUUGCCGAUAAGGGAUUUGUCGAGGCGAACUGGUCUGUGUGCUGCGUUGUCCACCUACUUGCAUAGCAGUUACAUCUCUGAUACGACUGCCUACCUACACUAGAGAUCUUGAAAGCCAGAGUUACGGGGUUAACAUACCAGUGGAAAUCCAUCCUUACCAGUGUUCUAGAACCAUGAGCAGUAACUACAGUGUGUCCCUGCUUGGCCCGGCCCCAUGGGGCUUCAGACUGCAGGGUGGAAAAGACUUCAACAUGCCACUCACCAUCUCCAGGCUCACGGACCUGGGAAAGGCAGCCAAGGCACGUAUCGCAGUGGGCGAUGUGGUCCUGUCUAUUGAUGGCAUCAGCACUGAUGGAAUGAACCACCUGGAAGCUCAGAACAAGAUCAAGGCCUGCGCUGGCAACCUCAACCUCACCCUGCAAAGAGCCUCCACCGUCCCAAAACCUCCCGUGGCCCCGAAGGUCGAGCCAUCAGAGAUCAUUAAGCCUGUGGCUAUUAUCAGCCACCACCACCCCCCCUCCCACCACCAUCCCACUGAGCCCACCAGUCUUAUCCCCAGCGCCCCACACAACAAAACUGCCCGGCCCUUUGGGGGCUGCGGGAGAGAGGACAGGGACUACCCCAUCGCACGCUCCCCCCAUCCCGCCUUCAUUCCCUCUGCAUCUUCUGCCUUCACCCCCGCCACCCUAGCCCGCACUCCUCCUCCACCCCAGCCCCUCUUCCCUUUCUCCUCCUGCUCCUCACCCCCCUCCCUCCCUGCCGCACCCCAGCCCUCAGUCUAUAACACGCCCUUCAACCUCUACUCCAACGAGAACGCCUGCGAGGUGGCCAUGGGCCAGAGGCGGGGCCUAACGGAGAGCCAGGGCGGAGCUGCGCAGUUGAACGGGGUUCCUAGGAAGCCCAUUCUGGAGACAGACAUUGAGUUCUACCACGUGCCUUCUCAUGGAGACGCCAGCAAGAAGCGCCUGAUGGAAGACACAGAGGACUGGCGUCCCCGCAGUGGCACCACCCAGUCCCGCUCCUUCCGAAUCCUGGCCCAGAUUACUGGCACUGAACAUCAGCAAGCACAGGAGAACGAUGUGGAGAACAAGACAAACAGUUCCCUUUUGACACCACUAGAGGGCGAUGGUGACCUAGGAGAGAUUCAAGCCAUUGGGUCGGAUUGGGAAGCUUGUGAUGUCCAUCACAAAGACGACUCCUCUGCUACAGACCAAAUACAUACGGCUCCUCUCUCACCUAUGCACAGCUCCUCUCCAGUACAGUCACUGACACAUCUUUCUCCUGUGUCUGCAGUACAGCCACUACUUUCCCCAAAGCCAGUGAGGCGAGAGCUCCUGUUGAACCCACUGGAGUUCCUCCCUCGAGGUGGUCCCUGCCCACCGGCCCUCACCCCUAGUGCACCGACUCUGGCUAUACGGUCCCAUUCUACUGUUAUUGGUUUACAGGCCAGAACCCCGCACAGGUCACCUGAGGGGACGGUCUCUCAGUCCCUAUUGGAUGCCUUGCUCAUUACGCCUAUCACCACCCUCCCGCCCCUCCGCUUGAGGAAGAAGAAGCGUCGGAGUGUUAGUGCCUUACACCUGCCCAACAACAAGAGAGUCUCCUGGCACCAAUCAGUCACUGAUCUGGGUGACCCCAACCUCUCCUCUCCUGUCAAUGCUGUCUAUAUCUUUAGUGAGGAGGUGGAGGAGCCAGACACCAGUUCUCAGAUGUUGUCUGCAGUCAAGACCAUGACCAAAGGACCUGCUGGCAGCCCCAGCAACUCCAUCACCUUUACCACCACUCAGGGUUCAGGUUUCCCUAAACCAGGCCUUCAGACAUGUUUUGGGGUGAGGGGGAACGGCACCACCAAUGUUCUCCCUAAGGGCCCUGUCCCAGAGAGGCCGGCCCCCCAGCCCCAUCCCAAAGACCAGGACACUCUGGUGCAGAUGGCCGAACACAUUCCUGCAGGGACACGCACGCCCAUGUGUGGCCACUGCAACAUGGACAUCAGAGGCCCAUUCCUGGUGGCCAUGGGAAAGUCCUGGCACCCCGAGGAGUUUAACUGCGCCCACUGCCAGAUCUCCCUGGCAGACAUUGGCUUCGUGGAGGAGCAAGGCUCGGUCUACUGUGAACACUGCUACGAGGACUUCUUCGCACCUUCCUGUAGCCGCUGCCAGAUGAAGAUCCUGGGGGAAGUGAUCAAUGCCCUGAAACAGACCUGGCACAUCCAUUGUUUCCUGUGUGCAUCGUGCCAGCAGCCCAUCAGGAACAACACCUUUCACCUGGAGGAUGGAGAGCCCUACUGUGAAAGAGACUAUUACUCCCUUUUUGGUACCGGUUGCCAUGGUUGCGAGUUCCCCAUAGAGGCAGGGGACAAGUUCUUGGAGGCUUUGGGCUUCACCUGGCAUGACACCUGUUUUGUGUGUGUGAUCUGCUGCACCACUCUGGAAGGUCAAGCAUUCUUCUCCAAAAUGGACAAGCCUCUGUGCAGGAAACAUGCACAUAGUGUGGUGAAAAUCUGAGCAAGGACAGAAUCAGAAGGCGAGAGGAGAGCUGGAGGAAGAAGGAGCAGAUGGCGAGAGGAGAGCUGGAGGAAGAAGGAGCAGAUGGCGUGAGGAGAGCUGGAGGAAGAAGGAGCAGAUGGCGAGAGGAGAGCUGGAGGAAGAAGGAGCAGAUGGCGCGAGGAGAGCUGGAGGAAGAAGGAGCAGAUGGCGAGAGGAGAGCUGGAGGAAGAAGGAGCAGAUGGCGAGAGGAGAGCUGGAGGAAGAAGGAGCAGAUGGCGAGAGGAGAGCUGGAGGAAGAAGGAGCAGAUGGCGAGAGGAGAGCUGGAGGAAGAAGGAGCAGAUGGCGAGAGGAGAGCUGGAGGAAGAAGGAGCAGAUGGCGAGAGGAGAGCUGGAGGAAGCAGGCUUGGCUUGACGGGGAACUUAUGUUUUGACUGUUGAUGGUAUUUGGAUUAUCCCCUAAACACCUCAGUCAGGGAAAGUCCAGAAGAUCAGAGGGAUCUCCAUGGAUACAUCCCAAACGGUACCCUAUUUCCUAGGUAGUGCACUACUCUUGACCAGAGCAUGGUUGUAUCCAUGGAGAUCACUCUGAUCUUCUGGACUUUAUCUAACUGAGGUGUUUAGCUCUGGCGAUAAAGUGUUGUUUCCUGCUUUGUGUCAAGUAUGAUAGGGAAUAUGUAGUCAUAUGUUGGGUGCUUAUACUCCUAUUUCUAUUGUCUAUAAAUCUAUCCAUGUAUACUCCCCCCUCCCUUCUUAGGAGUAUUGUGCCAUUCUACCAUUCUUCUGUAUGCUGUAAUGAGCAAGAUGCCUCUCGUAAUGAGACUAGACUAAAACGAUACGUUUGUUGAGUUUUGAAUGGCCAGAAUCAACGAUGUGUAUAUUUUACAUGUACAUCUCAAAGAAUACAGUGUUUUGAAAAGCGGUAGAGGGGAUAUCGUUAAAGCUAAAACCAUGCUCAUGCCCAUGGUGCAUUCAACUGUUAGAAUUGGUCCCAGUUGAAAAAAUACAUACAUGGAAUUUUCCUCCCCCCCAAAAAAACAUCUGCUUUUAGAUGUGGUGGUUUGACUGUUUGAUAUCAUUUCUACCAACGUGAUAGAAUCUACAUUCAACUUAUUUUAUUACCGUUUCCAUAAGCCAAAUUGUUGUUGUUGUUGGCUACCCAUCAUACUGUACAUGAAGGGAUUUGAGAAAUAAUGAUUGUAAAAGAAGUAUAUUUUUGAGGGGCUGUUUAUAGUCUGAGUUCCAGUCUGUUUCUGCUAUCAUGCCAACUCCUUGUAACUCAUUGUGAUGUCAUGUCUCCCUUGACAAUAUAAUUGGCAAGACCAAAAAAACAGGGUAGCUGUUUCAUUGCCCUCGGAAAAUGCCUACACUGAGAGGAUGAGAGAAAACUGAAGAGUGAGGGGACAAAUCAAGACAUUUUCCUUAGUCUGUUUUCCCCUGAAGUCUCUUGAAGUCUCUUGCAGUGGAGGCUGCUGGGAGGAGGAGGACGGCCCAUAAUAAUGUCUGGAACGGAGUGAAUAGAAUGGUAUCAAACACAUAAACACAUGGAAACCAUGGAAACCACGUGUUUGAUGUUGUUAUUACCUUUCCACCUAUUCCGCUCCAGCCAUGACCACGAGCCCGUCCUCCCCAUUUAAGGUACCACCAACCGCCUGUGGCCUCUUGGUAUUAAUCUAACUUCACUAUCACUCCGUCUCAACAGAAUUAAUAAUAGAAUAUUGUUGUUGUUGAUAUGGAUGAACGGUACAGAGGACAAGGAGUAAACCAAGUCACAUAAACCAAGUCAUUCAAUGGUGAUAAAAAUAAAAAUAAAUGUUUAUUUAGCUCUUGAUUUAUUAUAUAUCUUCUAUUUCACAGUUUGCUAUUAUUAAAAUGUCCAAAAGGUUAAAGUAAGGUAUUGGUCCAUACUGUAAUUCUCACAUCCUGAAAUCCUGUCAUUGGUAAUGGAGUGUAACAACCCUUCUCUUUUGACCUCAGCGGUCUCAAUUAGCACUGGAUUGAACUGUAUGGCCUGUCAUAUGGCAUAUGUCACUGUUACAUGAAUGACUUAGCACCGCACAUCUUCUAACACUGGUUCUCACAGGGUUUAACGUUCACAUUAAGUGGCCUGUGUCGUGGAUACUGGCAGACACAACCCACCGUAGGCUACCGGAGUCGGCAUGUGUGCAAAUCCAACCCGCUGCCUUUCUGCCUCGCCAUCCGUACUUCAUUUCCUGUCUGUUCUUCACUAGUCUAUCUCAAUCAAAUUAUUAAAAAAAUGAACUAAGGUAACUAAAGAAUAAGGUAAAUAACAUUCUAAUUAGGUUAUUACCCUUUUUGUGAAAAUCACAUGAGGAGGAUUACUGGUCCUCUCUUUGCAAAUCCUAUUGGUUAUCUUAACAUAUCAAUUAAGAUAUUAUAUUUUAAUUAGAUUGAUGUGAAAAUAUUCCUGUAAAAGCAUAUUUAAAGGUGCAAUAUGCACCUUUAAAUAUGCAAUUGCUGGUUGCAAAAAUGAUAAUAGUUCACCUAAUUUCUUUUUAUGUGACAAAACAAGGUAUCAUUGUGUAGAGCAUCAUUGUACCAUCUAAACUGCUGUGAAAUAUAUUUUCCAUCACCAAAAAUAUUGUAUUUUCUGCUGUUUGAAGCUGGUGUACAGAACUGAAAGUAAAAGAAGCAAAAAACAAACCAUAAGAAUGGUAAGCAUAGAAAUAACACACAUAGAAAACAUCUAACGCUUCUUAGACUUGUUUUCAAUGAGAAUGACAGAUCUAUAACUCACAUGUCUUUGUGAAUUUGGUCAGGUUGCCCCAAAAAAUGACAUAAUGCAUCUUUAAAAGCAUAGUGUAGUGGAAUCAUCUUCCUGUUCAUUGUUUUAACAAGAGUCAUGUAAUCACCACCAUGGCCCUCAAUGGGUUGUAUUUAUGUCUUCUGAAUAAAGAGAACCACAUAAUUCAAUGCAUAAUGAUGUAAUCUAAAUGAAAAAAUAAAAAAUGAAAUUUGACUCAA